UGACAUCUAAAGCUUCAUGGUGCAUGAAGAGGAAGCCCGGAAGAGGAGGAGGAGGCAAGAAAAGGCGUCAGGGAUGGCCCUCUCUCAGGAUCUAUUGACAUUCAGGGAUGUAGCCAUAGAAUUCUCUCAGGAGGAGUGGACAUGCCUGGACCCUGCUCAGAGGACUUUGUACAGGGAUGUGAUGUUGGAGAAUUACAGAAACCUGGUUUCCCUGGGAAUCUCUCUUUCUGACCUUCCUGUUAUCUCCAUGUUGGAGCAAGAAAGAGAGCCCUGGAUUGUGAAGAGUGAAGUGAAAAUAGCAAAAAAUCCAGAUGGCUGGGAAUGUAUCAAAGGUGUGAACAGAGGUAUCUCUCCAAUAUGUGUGAUGAAGGAAUUACCACCAAAAGAGAACAGCAAUACAGGAGGAGUGUUCCAAACAGUGACGGUGGAAAGACAUGAAAAUCAUGACAUAAAAGAUUUUUACUUCAGGGAAAUCCAGAAAAAUAUACAUGAUUCUGAGAGACUGUGGAGACAUGAUGAAAGACAUUACCAAGGGCUAUGUGUGACCUCUGAAGAAAGCCUCAUUGGAAGAAGAGAUUGGCAUGGUAGAAGAAACAAGCCCAUUAAAAAUCAGUUUGGACUAAGCUUUCAGACACAUCUACCAGAACUACAGCUAUUUCAAGUUCAAGGGGAAAUAUAUGAAUGCAGUCUUGUUGAGAAAUCUAUCAACAAUGGUUCCUUAGUUUCCCCCCAAAAUAUUUCUUCUGCCAAAACCCACAUUUCUCAUAAAUAUGAGUAUGAUCUUAUGGAUUCUUUAUUUGCACAAAAAGAGAAAGCAAAUGUUGGGGCAGAACAUUACAAAUGCAGUAAGUGUGACCAGGCCUUCAAUCAAACCUUACAUUUUACUAUACAUCAGAUAAUUCAUACUGAAGAGAAGCAAUUUAAAUGUGAUACAUGUGGCAAGGUCUUCAAUAAAAAAUCAAAUCUUGCAAGUCAUCGGAGAAUUCACACUGGAGAGAAACCUUACAAAUGUAAUGAAUGUGGCAAAGUCUUCAAUAAUAUUUCACAUCUGGCGCAACAUCAGAGAAUUCAUACUGGAGAGAAACCUUACAAAUGUAAUGACUGUGGCAAAGACUUCAGUCAAAUUUCGCACCUUGCACAACAUCGAAGAAUUCAUACUGGGGAGAAACCUUACAAGUGUGAUGAAUGUGGAAAGGUAUUUCAUCAAAUUUCACACCUUGCACAACAUCGGACAAUUCAUACUGGAGAGAAACCUUACAAGUGUCAUGAAUGUGGAAAGGUGUUCAGUCGCAACUCUUACCUUGUACAACAUCUGAUCAUUCAUACUGGAGAGAAACCUUAUAAAUGUAACGAAUGUGGCAAGGUCUUCAAUCAUAUUUCACACCUUGCACAACAUCGGAGAAUUCAUACUGGGGAGAAACCUUACAAAUGUUAUGAAUGUGACAAGGUCUUCAGUCACAAGUCAUCCCUAGCAAAUCAUUGGAGAAUUCAUACUGGAGAGAAACCGUACAAGUGUAAUGAAUGUGGCAAGGUGUUCAGUCGCAAUUCAUACCUUGCACAACAUCUGAUAAUUCAUACUGGUGAGAAGCCGUAUAAAUGUAAUGAAUGUGACAAGAUGUUCAGUCAGAAUUCACACCUUGCAAAUCAUCGGAGAAUCCAUACCGGAGAGAAACCUUACAAAUGUAACGAAUGUAGCAAAGUCUUCAGUCAAAAUUCAUAUCUUGUAUGCCAUCGGAGAAUUCAUACUGGAGAGAAACCUUACAAAUGUAAUGAAUGUGGGAAAGUCUUCAGUCUAAACUCAUCUUUAGCGCAUCAUCGGAGAAUUCAUACUGGAGAGAAACCUUACAAAUGUAAUGAGUGUGGCAAAACUUUUAGUGUGCGUUCAAGCCUUAAUAACCAUUAUGUUAUCCAUACUGGAGAGAAACCUUUCAAAUGUAAUGAAUGUGGCAAAUUCUUCAGUGACAGUUCAUACCUUGCACGUCAUCAGAGAUUUCACACUGGACAGAAACCUAACACAUGCAAUUAAUGUGGCAAAGUGUUAAAUCAGCAUUAGAGCCUUGUAAGAGAU